CUUUUUAUUUACAAAUAAAGUUGUGGUGUAGGUCGGCAAAACGUUCAGGGACAUGUUAACAAUUAUAUGAAUAACAAACACGAAUUCUCAAGAAAAUGUCACUCAACACAAAAACUUUAAAAGUUUUCUCUAAACUGAAUGAGAACUGGCAAAAAAUUAAGGUAGUGUUAUAGAACUGCUUUUUUUUUUUUUACAUGAAUGCGAUUUGUUAUAAGUAUAACUAAGUUAGUCAGUCUAAGUCUAAGUGAAAGUCUAAGUCUAAGUAAUUAAGUUUUAUUAAGUCAGUAAAGUUUAAAAGGACUAUAGACUAUACUAUAAGAUAAGUAUUAAGUAUAGUUAUAGUAUAGUAACAGUAAAAACAUGGUAAUGCUAAAAUAGUAAUUAUUAGAUUAAAUAAUCACUCUCUUAGGCCUAUUUUAUUUACUUAAUAAUAAAUUAAAAGUUAAAUUGGCCUUCACAUGGGAAGAUGACCAAGGCAAGGCUAUAUUUAACUGAGUACGCAGGUGGCUUGCCAGUCCUAGUCCUAUUUGUGCCUAGAAAGCUUUCCUGAACGUAGGAUAGGACACACCUUGUUUUGGGACUUAGUUGGAUUUUAGUCAAUUCUGCUUUUCAUUACUGUGAACUUUCUUUGGGUGUGAGCGAUUGUGCUCCACCAGUGAGUCUGUAUCGCCAGCUUGUACAAUCCAUGGUUCAUAGCGUUUCCCACAAAUCAAGGUCAAUGUCCAUUGAUUUGAGUGAAGCUUUUAGACAGUCCUUGAAUAAAAGCUUUUUUUUCUGCCCACCAGCUGAGUGUUUCUCACUGGAGAGUUCACUGGACAUUAGUUGUUUGGAAAAUCUUCUGUCUGGCAUCACAUGAUGCAGAAGUGAUUAAUGUACACACAAAUAAUUUAUCAAAAUAAUAUUUUUGGGUCACAAAAUAGCCUGUGUUUAAUAUCGCAAACCAAUGUCAUAACUCAUACUUGUGUCGUUUUAGACAUUGAAAAUUAAUUCCAUCUGUCCAUCACAAUGCGACAGAAUUAUUAGUUUGAUGGCAUUUGUCCAUCACAAUGUAAUCACAAGGCCAGGAAUUUUUUCUUUAGGACAAUAAGCUGGUUUCCUAGAAUAACAAAUAAUCUCUUUCCACCCAAGGGGAUAUCAUGUAUGGAUAAAACAGUGUGCUGGUAUUUUCAUUGUGUCAACGGCACUCCAUCUCCAGAUUUGAAUCCAAUCCAGUUUUCCUUCUCUUAGAUGAGUUUCCAUCCAAGGUUGACGAGUCCCAUCCAGCAGGGGUGCCUGUGAUGUUUUUUUUUCUUGUCUAGGCCUUUGUUAAGAUUGAACUCUGGUCCACAAGCUUGGGAUUGAUAGGUUUGGAUUUCUAAAAAUAAGUUUCAGAUCACACACGGUACCUUCAAAUAUAUGAAGAAUAAGAGUAUUUUUCAGCUUUGCAUCAGAUUUAAAUCACAAACAGAAAUUCCAAAAAGACAAGUUCCAAGAGAGAAGCCAGCUGUCAGAAAGCAAAGUUCAAGUGGAUACCCACUACUGGUAACAGAUUGAAUCAUUGUUGUAAAAAAAAUUCAUUAAUAGUUUACGAUUUAACUGCAAAUUGUUUAUUGGCACCGUUUAUUUAUGUAUUUUGAAUUUUUUUAAUUUUAUACAAUUUUUCAGAGAUUAAUGGUUAGUAAUUUUAUUGACAUAAUAUAAUAAAAUGGGAUACUAAAAUUAUUUUUUCAGAUGGUCCCCCUCGCUGCAUUUGGACUAGGUACUUGGCAGAUACAAAGAAGGGAAUGGAAGCUGAAUCUCAUUAAGGAACUUGAAGAAAAAAUGCAGGCACCUACUAUUUCCUUACCACAGAAGUAGGUUACAUUGGUGACAGAACAAAUUAUGAAAGUAAACUGGAAAAAAUAUUUGGGUGUUUUUAUAUAUAAACCAUUUUUUUAAUAUUUUCAAGCUAAAGAGUUUUUUUUAUGUAGUUAUAAAAAAUAUAUACUUUUAUAAGUCAAACUGAUUUAUCGAAACAAAAUUCAAUUUUCUUUGAAACCUCAUAAUUAAUUUUGUAUGCUAAGACUUUUUCCUUGAGGAGGAGAUCAAUAUUCUUUUGCUGUUAAAAAUAUUUCUGGAUAUUUCAAACAUUUCAUGGAAUUUCUUAUUAAAUCUGAAAAGAAUAUUGAGUCUUGAAUUUAACUUGCAUGUAUAAAUUACUUUGUACAUUUUGCAAUCCGAAUUUAGGUAACAUAAAGAAGGCAGGAUUUCCACUAGUUUCAUUAUUUUCAGUAUUGAGGACUUAAAGGAUUUGGAAUACAGAAAAGUGAAAGUGCGAGGGACGUUUGACCAUUCUAGAGAGGUGUUCAUUGGCCCCAGGUCAAAUCUUCAUGCUCCAGAUACAAUGGGAGGAAAAAAUAAGUCUUCCACUAUUGGUGUUCACGUGGUGACUCCUUUCAAAUUGUCAGAUAGGGAGUAAGUUCUUUAAACAGCAUGUCUCAAUGUGUGGUCUGCGGACCGUUAUGUUGUGGUAAACACAACAUUAAUAUUUAUGGUCAAAUGAAAUAUAAAAUGAAAAUAAUUAAUAAAUCUGAUACUGUUCCCUAGUGCAAUUUCAAAUAUUUUUCUCCUUGGGCCAAACUUUCAACUUUGGGAAACACUGACUUAAAUAUAUUUUUGAAUUUAUUAGCAUUAUUGAGACCUUUAAGAAAAGAAAAUAGCUCUUUUUUUUUUUGUAAUUUAGUCUAUUACCGGUAGUUGAUUUUUAAAAUUUAAUACAUUUUGAAGUGUUCUUGUGAGACCCAAUACAGUCAUUGUGCAGUGGUCUAUUUAAAUUAAUGUAAAAUAUUUUAUUUAAUUUUAAGAUUUUUGUCAACAAGAAAAAAAAUUUAAAAUAUAGUUUCUGACUUAACUUGAAUUACAUAAGAUGACCCAUUCCAGUUUUUUUUAAAUUCUAAUACUAAUACUCUGUAUCUUUUUAAUAAUGAAAUAACAGUGAAACAAUCCUUGUCAACCGAGGUCAUGUUCCGUUCGCAAAUAGACCCCAAGAAAUGCGCUCAGAAGGGCAGGUAAGUCAAUUUAAACUCUGUCUAACAUAAAAAAUUUAAUUUCUACUAUUAGUUAUUGCAGCUCUUAGGAUCUCCUGUACCUGGGGAGUAUAAAACACCACUGUGAUUGUUGUAUGCCCCUGGAUACCUUUUUAUCCAUGCUACAGCCCAGGCGUGCACAACAUAUGGCCCGCCUUACAUUUUGAGUUGUGCAGGCCUGCUAUAGCCAAUCUUCAAGUUUCGCUGGAAAUAGUCCACAAGAGGCAAAGUUUGUUUUUUUCCACAAAUCUUGAAGUCACACACUUGUGGAUACCCACUACUGGUAACAGAUGCUCUUGGGGGGAAGAAAGUGUCCACUGUCCAAUAAGUAUCCUCCAAUACUUUAAUGAUGUUCUAAUCACAUGACAUAGUCAUGUCCCCCUUGCCUGCAAACUAAAGUUGACGUACCCUUUUCUAUAAACCUGAUGUUCAGGAAUAUUUUGAAUUCAGAAAGAUGCCAUUGAAGUUUUCCCCUGUCUGUACGUUUUUGGUGUGAUUCUUAAGCCAACUGUUUAUUUUUAUGUGACCAACCAUAAGUAGUAAAUUAAUAUCCUCUGCAGUAAGAAACUGUUCCUUAUAUUAUGGUGAUUGUGAUCCAUCUUCUUAUAGCUUUGCACUGUUGAUUAUAUUUUUUGGAAGCACGUUCUUAUCUUCAUCAUUCUUAUGAACAUUAUUGUGAAACCACAUAUCCCUGUAUUAUUUUAAUUCUCUGGACUUUUUAUUAAUUUUUCUCUCACUAGUAUUCCUACUUGAGACUCAGACUUUGUUGUCGAAUCUUUAGUAGGUGCAUAUGUAUUUGGAUUUAAUAGGCCUAAUGUCCUUUUCUUUUUACAAUAUUAGUUGGGUUUAAAUUUAAAUCUGCAAGCAGGCAUAACACUGCUAAUUCAUUUUGGAUGGUUUUUUUUAGAUUUUUCUCAGAAGAACCGUAUAUCUUAUUUAGUUAGUAAUAAACCUUUUUUUAUUUUAGAUCAUUUGUUUCUUAUUUAUUCCCACAGAUUGAAGGAGAGGUGGAGAUCACGGGUGUCAUCAGAUUAAAUGAUAAGGUCAGUUUUUCACUCAUUAUGCUAAACAUCUAUUGGAUCUGUCACUUGUGAUGAUUUACAUGAACUUUUUUGUGAUACUUUCUUAUACACGCAAUAUAAUAAAACUAGUUAUCCAUUUAUUUCACAAGAAAUCUUUUAUGGAUAGUGAUCCGUUAAAAGAUGGUUUCUGGUUGACAAGAAAUAUAGAUGAGAUGGCUGAUAUAGUUGGGACAAGCAAAAUAUUUAUUGAUGCUGAUUUCAGUAAGUCUUCAAAUCUCUCUGUGAAUAAGUCUUUUCUCUAAAGAAAGCAUUUAAAUUUAAUUUUGGAAUUAAUUUCUUGUUAAUGCUAUUAAAUAUCCUAGUUAAUGAUAUUAAAAUCAACGACAGUUAGUGAUCUGAUAUUAAUAUUUAAACUGUGUCUGCAGGCUCUACAGUGCCGGGUGGUCCAACUGGUGGCCAGACAAAAGUUACCCUCCGCAAUGAGCAUUUGACAUAUAUCAUAACAUGGUCAGUUUAUUUCAAAUACGCAACCUAUUGAUUUAAGCUAAAUAACUGUUUGAUGGAUUUUUUUAUAACUUUCAAAUGCAGUGAAGACAUCACAUUAUUGCCCUUUCCCAUUCUUUCCUUAAAUUUAAAAUAGUUGUAAAUGAUUUUUAAGACCAAAUAUUAACCUAUGGAUUAUUUCAUUCAUGAUGGUCUAAAUCCCCCAAUCCAAAUUUUUUAAGAAUUUUAAUUGUGUUGUCUUCACAUGAAGCUGAUUGUUGAUACCUUUUUAUCAUCAUCAGGUAUUCACUAGCUGCAUUAACACUUUUUAUGUGGGUCAAGGUUUACAGACGACCCACAGUUCACAAGAGGUUACUUGAAGCACUGAAACAAGAGCAUGGGAAACUGUAGCAUGUUUAAGAGGUGUAUUCUUGUGGUGGUGUGAUAGGAACAAGGGAGUCCUAUAACUCUUCAGUGGGUUAAUAUAGCUCUUCAAUGGGUUAAUAUGCAUUACAUUUUUCUUUGCAUAACUGUGCAAGUCAAAAUUGGCUGACUUAUUGGUUUUAAUUCAUAUUAGGAAAUGUUAAUGUCCCUCAGUUGAUAAAGUACAUUUAUCUUUAUAAUGAACAGGCUUUCUCUCAGAUUUCAGUCUGUUUCUGCACCAAAGACACAAAAUACUUCAAAAACGCCAGUUUAAUCAUCACUAAGGUGCAUUGAGAUAGUGAAAAAAUGUUGUGUUAGUUUUUAACCCAUAUAUGUCAAAACUGGUGAUUACUAUUCAGAUGUGUGUAUCAAAAAUUACAGCCACAUCUUAUUAAAUAUGAUAUUAAGAAAACAAAGAA